GCUGGGUCACCUGACUGAGGCUUCUCCCCGCCAGGCCUGCGCCCCAGAGGACCCCCGCCCACAGCCCCCGCAUUUCCCCGAGGCCCGCCCUGAGCAUGCUUCCUGCAGCCAUGAAGGGCCUCGGUCUGGCGCUGCUGGCCAUCCUGCUGUGCUCCGCGCCCGCUCAUGGCCUGUGGUGCCAGGACUGCACCCUGACCACCAACUCCAGCCAUUGCACCCCGAAGCAGUGCCAGCCGUCAGACACAGUGUGUGCCAGUGUCCGAAUCACUGAUCCCAGCAGCAGCAGGAAGGAUCAUUCCGUGAACAAGAUGUGUGCUUCUUCCUGCGACUUCGUUAAGCGGCACUUUUUCUCAGACUAUCUGAUGGGGUUUAUUAACUCUGGGAUCUUAAAAGUUGAGGUGGACUGCUGCGAGAAGGAUUUGUGCAAUGGGGCGGCCGGGGCGAGACGCAGCCCCUGGGCCCUGGCUGGGGGGCUGCUGCUCAGCCUGGGGCCUGCCCUGCUCUGGGCUGGGCCCUGAGGUCUGCUGUCUCCUAGAGGCUUCUGAGCUCUGUUCCCUUGGGCUUGUCACUGCCCCCUCCCCAGCCUGGCCUGGCUGGGGCUCGGGGCAGUCUCAGCCCAGCUCCGUGGCCUGUGGCUCUCACCCCUCCCCAGAUAUGAGACCUGCCUGUCUCUCCACCAGCUCCAAGUCCCAGGCAGCCAGACGUCUCCAGUAAACCAGGUGUCUGGGCAGGAGGCCUGGGGAUGAGGGCAGGGGGUUGGGACCCCCAGGUCCCAGAGGGGAGGUGAGGCCAAGCCAGACACAGCCCAACAGCCUGGCUGCAAAGGCAUCUUCUACGGAGAAAUAAAGUCACUUAUGAGUCCUGAGA